UGUGUGUGUGUGUGUGUGCGGUUAAAAAUGACUCCAUUCCAGUAGAUGUUUUCCCUGUAAACAGUGCCAGGACAAGUUUAAAAUCAGUGAAACUUCCUGCUCACACACAGCAGGCGCAAGAGCAGCUCAGAGGAAAGAAGAAGGACUCCUGUCUGCUGGAUUAAUCUCUACCUUCAUCAUCAUCAUGGGAUUGUCUCCGGUUUCACAGCUUCUGCUUGUGCUCUUAUCAGUCCUGGCCCUGACCAGGGCACAAACGUCAACUCAAACAACAGCUGACACAACAACAGAACCAGCAUCAACACAGCCUAUAGGAAGCACCACCACCACCACAGUCCUACCAGAAACCACCACCACAGAAACCACUGCAGAAACCACCACAACCCUACCAGAAACCACCACCGCAGAAACCACCACUGAAUCCACCACAGAAUCCACCACAGAAUCGACCACAGAAUCCACCACUGAAUCGACCACAGAAUCCACCACUGAAUCCACCACUGAAUCGACCACAGAAUCGACCACUGAAUCCACCACUGAAUCCACCACUGAAUCCACCACAGAAUCCACCACUGAAUCCACCACCACAGACCUACCAGUAACCACCACUGAAUCCACCACAGCCCUACCAGGACCCAUCACAUUGGCAACCACCUCAGUUACAACAGGCAUUUUUACAACAACACCUGAACUAACAACAGAAGCAGUGACCACCACUAAAAACACCACAGCCCUACCAGGAAAUGUCUUAGGACUUCAAAUAAAACUUAGUUCAUUUUUAGACCUGACAAAGAAAGCAAACUUUGAGGAUUUUUUGCAGCAACUAAAACAAGUGCUGGUCAGUAAUAAUGUGUCAAGGAACUUUGAGAUGACAUUAAGAAACAUCAAAAAGACACAUCUGUAAUACAUGGAAGGAACUUAAAAGGCUUAAAAUGGUGUCCUUGAAGAUGUAGAAACUGACAAAGAGAAGAAUGUCACUCCGCAGGAAGGGAGCCUUUAUAUUUUCUCACCCUUCAACUUUUUAUUCUCACAUACAUAUAUAUAACAUAAAUCAUCCACACACAAACAUAAAUGAGCAUAUAUAAUGAAAUGUGAUAAAAUUAGAUAGUGAAAUAGAUUAUAUUAAUCAUAUAUGUUCCAACCAAUUUAGUUUAAAUAAUAAUCAUUGUUCCUCUCUUUUUAUUGUCCUAUAAUGAUUUGUGUUUUUAAAUAUCUUUAACGAGUUUCAGGGGUUUAAACUAAUCAAACUUUUCUGUAGCAUGUGAACAAUGCAAUUAAACCUGUUCUUUGUCUACAACUCCA